AUGUGCUUCCUCUUGCUCGUUUAUCUCCUGUUAUCGGUCACCGCUCAAGACGUUAGCACCGAGGAGGUGGACUGCCAAGUUUACAACCAUCUGUACGUUUGUCUGGCCAACGGUGUGUUGCACAGCGUCUCGUUCGAGGAUGUUAACGCUGUACAAACCAUCGAGGACAUAGAGCUACAUUUGGAGGGUUUAAGGAUUCUGGACAUAGCCAAGGACGCUUUCAUCGAAGUGGCUAACUCUUCCGCCCUUUACAUCCGCGACAAUCAGUUAUCUGUCAUUUCCAGACAUUAUUUCUCUCCUCUGGAUCAAUUAACGUACCUGGAUCUGAAGAACAAUAGCCUCGUUGACAUAGAAGAUGGAGCGUUUAUAAAACUACGCAGUUUAGAAACGUUGCUUUUGGAUUACAACAAUAUUAGUUCCUUUCGACCAGCCAUGUGGAGGGGUCUAGGCGACCUUCACGAGUUAUACGCAACGAAUAAUAAUAUCGUAUUGAAAAGGAAUAUGUUCAAAGGACUCAGACAUCUGGAAACGUUGGCUCUGGACUCGAACGAAAUCACAGAAGUGCCAGUUGGGGCGUUCAAUGGACUGCCUCACAUCGAUCUUUUAUAUUUGUCCAGGAAUAAAAUCUCCUCCUUGCAGCCGGACGUAUUUCGCGGACUCGGCGAAAUCAACGAACUGGAUCUGGGAAGAAAUCAACUGAAAACCAUUUCCGGAGGAGUUUUCCGUUACCUGAAGAACUUGAACUCUUUAUGGUUGAAUGGAAAUCAGAUCGUCAUGCUUAAGGCGGACAGCUUCGAAGGACUGGACAAUUUGUUGCUACUUUUUUUGAACAACAACGAGCUACGAUUCGUCGACAUGGCCGCGUUUGCUAGGAUGAAGAACGUCACCGUUGAUCCUGGUUUCAAGAUACACGGAUUUGUAUUGGAUAACGUUUCGAAAGUGCAGGGACGGUUUCGGUGUGAGAACGUCGAGUAUCAGUUGCCGUACGAGUGCACGAAGAUGGAACUAUAAUUUUGAAUUUUAGGGCAGUGAUGGGUAGAGGGUGCACGAAAUUGAGGAAGAUGAAACUUGCAGAUAUUUGAAAAUUUGUGAAUUAAAAUAUUUGAGAACUUGAGAACUUGAAAA